UGCAACAUCAGAGCACGCACGGAUUUGGAAACCGGUUUGGUGCAUUACUUCUCCAGGAAAUGAGGCUGACGGGAUGAGCAGAAACAACGGAACUGCACUUCCCCAGGGUCUCCCCAAGCUUUCUGGGCAGCCUGCACUCCCCGCCAGCAAUUCAGUUCAGAUCUGGCCCGACGACGGGUCCUCAGAAGGCACAAACUGCCCCCUCUGCUAGUGCGGGAGGUUAGAUUCCGCGAUGGGGAAGCGACUGCGGUUCUGCCUCUGAAAUCAGCUCCCAUUCUACACUGAAAGCUACGCCUCCAGCAACUAUGGCCGGGCAGCAAGGGCGAGAAACCUGCACAACCCUAGCACGCGCCCAGGCUCAUUUCCAGAAGGGCGAAUACGCCGAGGCCGAGACGCUGUACUCCGCUUACAUUCGCCAGUGCGCCUGUGCAGCUUCUGCUGGAGCGUCUCUCGGGAGCGGAUGCAGCCCCGAGGACUUGGCUACUGCGUAUAACAACCGGGGACAGAUCAAGUACUUCAGGGUCGACUUCGACGAAGCCAUGGACGACUACACGUCUGCCAUAGACGUCCAGCCCCGUUUCGAAGUUCCGUAUUACAACAGAGGGUUGAUACGGUACAGGCUGGGGUACUUUGAUGAUGCCUUGGAAGACUUCAAGAAAGUAUUAGACUUAAAUCCUGGAUUUCAAGAUGCUGUUUUGAGCUUAAAACAGACUAUGCUAGACAAAGAAGAAAAACAAAGAAGAAAUUAUUGAGAACUUUAACUUUGAAAUAUUAAUCCAUGAUCCUUAUACAUGGCAUCUCAUUGUCUCUAAUUUAAAGUAGGUAUUGAGCUAUUUUGAUUUACAAUUAAGAUAAAGAGGUUCAUACCUUAGCACUGGAAGUUAAUAAUUGAUUGAAGGUAGUAUUAGAUUUAGUACUUAUGUUAAAUAGGUGUGCUUUUGAUAAAGUAUAAAUAAGUAAUAAUGUAUAAUUGUGUAUUAUUACAGUAAAAUAUUUAAAGAAC